AUGAAUACCCUUCUUGUCACCAUUUUCUUCUUGGUCAUCCCCAUUUUCUUUCUCAUUACGAGAAGAAGAAAAUCAUCGAAAAGGCUUCCUCCGGGCUCAUUGGGACUACCCAUAAUAGGGCAGAGCCUUGGCUUUCUUCGAGCCAUGCGCAACAACACUGCAGAAAAUUGGCUUGAACAAAGAAUAACCAAGUAUGGUCCGGUUUCAAAGCUGAGUCUCUUUGGCAAGCCAACAGUCUUCAUUCAUGGACAGGCUGCAAACAAGUUUGUAUUCAACAAUGAUGGCAAAACCAUUACCAGCCAACAACCUGAGUCCACUCGAAUGAUUUUAGGUGACCGGAACAUAUUGGAGCUGAGUGGCGAGGAUCACAAGCGAGUUAGAAAUGCUCUUAUGGUGUUCUUGAAGCCUGAGUCACUGAAGCUAUAUGUGGGAAAAAUGGACGAAGAAAUCAGGAAGCAUCUUGAGUUGAAUUGGCAUGGGAAGCAAAAAAUAACAGUCUUGCCUCUCAUGAAGAACCUCACAUUCAACAUUAUAUGCUCACUGCUUUUUGGGGUUGAACGAGGACCUCGCAGAGACGAACUCAUUGAGUGUUUUCAACGACUGAUAGAAGGACUGUGGUCAGUCCCUCUUAACUUGCCGUUCACGCGUUUCAACUGCAGCAUCAAGGCAAGCAAGAGGGUUCAAAACAUGGUUAAGGAACUAAUUCGUGAAAAGAGGAUGCAACUUGAGCAAAAAACUGCUUUACCACUCCAAGACCUUAUCACUUGCUUGCUUAGCAUUCGAAAUGUUGACAAUGAAGAAGAAUUAACUGAAAAAGACAUCUUGCACAAUAUCAUAGUAGUUAUGGCUGCAGGAUAUGACACUUCAUCUGUGGUCAUUACUUUUCUUUUGCGGCUUCUAGCUAAUGAACCUGCUGUUUAUGCAGCCCUUCUUCAAGAACAGGAAGAAAUAGCUAGAAGCAAAUCCUUAGGGGAACUUCUGACAUGGGAAGACCUUGCUAAGAUGAAGUACACAUGGAGGGUAACAAUGGAAAUUCUGAGGACAACUCCUCCUGUCUUUGGUGGCAUGAGGAGGGCUAUGAAAGAUAUAGAGUAUGAAGGAUUCCUCAUCCCUCAAGGGUGGCAAAUAUUCUGGGCUAUUCCUAUGACACACAAUGACGAUAGCAUAUUCCCUGACCCAUCAAAGUUCGAUCCAAGUAGGUUCGAGAACCAAAAAUCAGUUCCACCCUACAGCUUUGUUCCAUUCGGAGGAGGAACACGAAUAUGUCCAGGAUAUGAGUUUGCCAGGAUUGAAAUCCUUGUUGCAAUCCAUUAUAUGGUAACUCAAUUCACAUGGAAGCUAUGCGCAGACAACAAGUUCAGUAGGGUUCCCAUGCCAGUACCUACUCAAGGACUACCUAUAGAAAUCAUGCCAAGGAAACAAAUAUGGAUUAAACUCCUGUUCUUUCACUCCACAAACAAAGCCUCACAAAUCAUGGAUAUCCUUCUUCUCAUCACAGUUUUCCUCUUCCUCAUCCCCAUCUUCCUUCUCCUUACAAGAAGAAAAAAGUCAUCAAAUAGGCUUCCUCCAGGCUCACUCGGGCUGCCCAUAAUAGGCCAGAGCCUUGGUCUUCUCAGAGCCAUGCGUGCCAAUACUGCUGAAAAAUGGCUUGAACAAAGAAUCAGAAAGUACGGUUCAGUUUCGAAGCUAAGUCUCUUUGGGAAACCAACAGUCUUCAUUCAUGGACAGGCUGCAAACAAGUUUAUAUUCACCGCUGAUGGCAGCACCAUUACCAGCCAACAAACGGAGUCUAUUCGUAUGAUUUUGGGUGACCGGAAUAUACUGGAGAUGAGGGGCAAUGAUCACAAGCGUUUAAGAAAUGCUCUUAUGUUGUUCUUGAAGCCUGAGUCACUGAAGCAAUAUGUUGGAAAAAUGGAUAAAGAAACCAGGAAGCAUCUUGAGACGCAUUGGCAUGGCAAGCAACAAGUAAAAGCCUUGCCCCUGAUGAAGAUUCUCACGUUCAACAUAAUGUGCUCUCUGCUUUUCGGGCUUGAACAAGGAACUCGCAGAGACGAACUUGUGGAGUGUUUCCAACAAAUGAUAGAAGGAAUGUGGUCAGUCCCAGUUAACUUUCCGUUCACGCGUUACAACCGCAGCCUCAAGGCUAGCAGGAGGGUUCAAAACAUGAUCAAGGAACUCAUAUCCGAAAAGAGGGUGGAACUUGAGCAGAAAACUAUUUCUCCACUCCAAGACCUUGUCACUUGCUUGCUUAGCAUCCGAAAUGAUGACAACGAAGAAGUUAUAACAGAAAAAGAAAUCUUGCACAAUAUCAUGCUAAUCAUGGUUGCAGGACAUGACACUUCAUCUGUUGUGCUUACUUUUCUUUUUCGGUCUCUAGCUAACGAGCCAGCUGUUUAUGAAGCCCUUCUUCAGGAGCAAGAAGAAAUAGCUAAAAGCAAAUCCCCAGGAGAGUUUCUGACAUGGGAAGACCUUGCCAAGAUGAAGUACACAUGGAGAGUAGCAAUGGAAACUAUGAGAAUAACUCCUCCUGUUUUUGGUGGCUUCAGGAAGGCAUUGAAAGACAUUGAUUUUGAUGGCUUUCUCAUCCCCAAAGGGUGGCAAAUAUUCUGGGCUACUUCUAUGACACACAUGGACAAGAGCGUUUUCCCAGAGCCAUCAAAGUUUGAUCCAACUAGGUUCGAGAACCAAGCAUCAGUUCCACCCUACAACUUCAUUCCAUUCGGAGCGGGGCAUCGAGUAUGUCCAGGAUACGAGUUUGCCAGGAUUGAAAUACUUGUUGUAAUUCAUUAUAUGGUAACUCAGUUCACAUGGAAGCUCUGUGCAGACAACAAAUUCAGUAGGGAUCCCAUGCCUGUACCUACUCAAGGACUGCCCUUAGAAAUCAGGCCAAGGAAACCUUGUUAA